GUGUGGCGUUUGUUUGACGUGACACUCCCCCCUAGUCUAUGGGAGGCCGACGUCACCCUGCCAGCGGAGGAGUGGAUGGCCUCUGUAAUAAAAAUAUAUUAAGAGAAUUGAGGAAAAGGAGAAGAUUGGCCGAGGGGAAAACAGCAACAACGCAGCGUUUAAGCCUUUUAUGUCAUCCCGCUACUGAGCCAUGGACGUGAACGCCUUUUAACACAGACUGGGAUAUAUUUUCGUUGCGGCAUCGAGAGCUCCUGGCUGAAAUGCUAUGUUAUGUGUGGCUUUCUCGGUUUUUUUGAGCAGACAGAGAGAGACAAUUGUACUGUAUCCCAGCCUAGUGGAUUGGAGUGAAAGUCCGCCAUAUUCUGCCUUACCACGCCCGGGAGUCGAGCCAUUGGAAACAAACGCACAGUUUUAUUCAUGUGUUUUUCCGGUUGCCCUCAUUCACGGACGAUAACACCGGGGGUUUUUGUCGAUUUGAAAAAUAACAUCAUCGACGACUUUGAAGAGAGAGGGGUGGCCGGGCACGGAUGGCAGUGCUUAACGAGAUCACACAGACCAGUACGGAGGAUGUGUUUUGAAAGGAUCUGUUGAUCAUAUUGAGAAGGAAAAGCAGAUUACACCAAUUAAGAUUGGACAGAUAUUCAACUCAAACCGCUUUGGACACUAUUUUGAAGCUGUCGAGAGGCCCAGAAAGCGAACCGAAACGGGGGGAGGGGGGGUCAAUAAUUUCUCAAAUAUCUAAUUUUCCUUUCCACCACAAUCUGUGCGCUGUUCAGGCUCAUUAUAAGGGCGUCCACGCGUUAUUUCACCCCAAGCAGGCCUAUAUGAGGACGUUAUUUGGCAUUCACAGGCCUCUGUUUGUUUGUUUGUUUUACUCCGACGAAUCUGAAAUCUGAAUGAACCAGUAAGAAGAAAAAACGGAAAAGUGCGUGUCUUAAAAAAAAAAAAAAAAAUAUAUAUAUAUAUAAACACACACACACACACACACACACACAGGACAACAGGAGAGAGAAUGACCCUGGAAUCCAUAAUGGCGUGUUGCCUCAGCGAGGAGGCGAAAGAAGCCAGGCGGAUCAACGACGAGAUCGAGAGGCAGCUCCGCCGGGACAAGAGGGACGCACGUCGGGAACUGAAACUGUUGCUUCUCGGCACUGGGGAAAGUGGAAAGAGCACAUUCAUCAAACAGAUGAGGAUUAUCCACGGCACCGGUUACUCCGACGAGGACAAAAGGGGUUUCACCAAACUGGUCUAUCAGAACAUCUUCACAGCCAUGCAGGCCAUGAUCCGAGCCAUGGAGACGCUGAAGAUCCCCUACAAAUAUGAGCACAACAAGGGCAACGCCAACGUUGUGAGAGAGGUGGACGUAGAAAAGGUCUCCAUGUUCAAGAAUCCUUAUGUAGAUGCAAUCAAGAGCUUAUGGAAUGACCCAGGCAUCCAGGAGUGCUAUGAUCGAAGGAGGGAAUACCAACUCUCCGACUCCACUAAAUAUUACCUGAACGCAUUGGACCGGAUCGCCGAGCCAGCCUACCUUCCUACCCAGCAGGAUGUGUUGAGGGUUCGAGUCCCCACCACGGGCAUCAUUGAAUACCCAUUUGACCUGCAGAGUGUCAUAUUCAGGAUGGUGGAUGUUGGAGGUCAGAGGUCGGAGAGGAGGAAGUGGAUCCAUUGCUUUGAGAACGUCACGUCCAUCAUGUUCCUGGUAGCGCUCAGCGAGUACGACCAAGUUUUGGUAGAAUCAGACAACGAGAACCGGAUGGAGGAGAGCAAAGCUCUGUUUAGGACAAUAAUCACAUACCCCUGGUUCCAAAACUCCUCAGUCAUUCUCUUCCUCAACAAGAAGGACCUGUUGGAGGAGAAGAUCAUGUACUCUCAUCUGGUUGACUACUUUCCAGAGUAUGAUGGUCCCCAGAGGGAUGCCCAAGCAGGGCGAGAGUUUAUCCUCAAGAUGUUUGUGGACCUGAAUCCAGAUAGCGAUAAGAUCAUCUACUCUCACUUCACCUGUGCCACUGACACAGAGAACAUCCGUUUCGUCUUUGCAGCCGUCAAAGACACCAUCCUGCAGCUCAAUCUAAAGGAGUACAACCUGGUGUAGAGCGGAGCAGGGCUGCCAACGGGAGGCCCUCAACACACACUGACUGACGCAAUCUGUGAAAAGAUAGAUCAUAUACACACACGAAAAGAAAAUCAGAGAGAAAAAAAAUCUAAUGGUUGCAUAAUACUAAUUUAUUUGCCAUUUGUUGAGCUCUUUGUCCCCAAGGGGUGAGCAAAGUAAAUGUUCUCUUGCUAUUUAAGGAGUUGAUGAAGUAUAGGACGGGGGGGCAAGAUAUUUGGAAGGGUUGGGGAGGGAUUUGCUGAACAUGUACAGCAACAAUCCUCAUUUCUAGGCUUUGCGCAUUGUGAAGUUUUGUUUUUUUUGGUUAGUUUUUUGACGAAAAGAAAGAAACUUUGUGCUCUCGAGGUUUGGGGGCUUGCUUUGUCUCAGUCUGAUACAUCAGAGCUGGAAGGAAUGCAGUGUGCUCCCUCACUCCUGCCUUUUUAUAAACAAGAAGGAAAAAAAGGUUUCCAUUCCUUUUUCUUCUUCUUUUUUUUAACCUCCCUCCUUACCUGUUGGUUCAUUCUGAAGCUUCGUCCUUGGGCAUUUACCUGUUUGCCCAACAGGAAAUGAUGUAACAGGUCUCUAAUUGACAGCUUCUGUUUUUCUUCAAAGGACUGAUUGGCAAGUCUCUUGAUUAAUAGGCAUAAACAGUUUUUUUUAAUUAUUAUUUCAUGUCAAUUUGGUAUUGAUUGACUUAAAUUAUUAUUAUUAUUAUUAUUAUUAUUACACUGACUUUGGUAGCAUCCGAUGAGUAGAGCAUGUGCAUCGAAGUACAUUCCCCACAUUUUGGGGGUAAUAGCCCGAGUUGUGUGUUGAGUGACAGUCACAUGACAGUUCUCCAGCAUCGACAUAACCAUGAAGUUUAGAAGUGUGAGAGAAGUUUGGCUUUAAAAAUGCUUUCUGAGCUUUGAGCGACCAGGUGAGGAGGCACACAGGGACCUCUGCUCCGUCAUGUCAUGAAGCUCAUGAUGGUGCUGGUUGAUUUACGCAAACUGAAGGGAGUUGAGGUAAUAAUUUAUGAGACAAUGUUGUUAAAUGAUUAUGUUCAACUGUGCCACAUUAACGCUUUUUAUUAUGGUAAUAUGUAUAUUUAUUGCCAAUGCCAAAACAACUCAAGCACCAGACUCCACUUUGCGCUGUUUACUACUUUAAUAAAAUGAAGUGUUGAGGACAGGAAAAGCGCAGGGCUAAUGAACGCAGAAGGAGCGGACUGACUGACUUUACUGACUGACUUAUUGAUCGACAGACUGAUUCCUGCAGUUUUUGAAGUAUUCAACAAAAUCAAUGGUAUUCAAUGGCGCUGAACUGCUCAAACUGUCCAAUCACAACCUUGCGUGUAGCUACAACCCCCUCCCCCUGGCCUGCAGACUAACCAGUCACAUUUUAGCUGUGUCUAUUGUCCAAUCACAGCCCGGCUGUCUUGUUGUAAGUUCAAUAGCAGUGGAGGAUAAAUUUGGCUAUGUAAACGAGUGUUGAUGUCCAGUUUGUACCAAAGUGUAAGCCCUUCUAGUUUCUGAUUGGCACCUCUGAUUUGCAGUUUCUCAUUCCCAAGUUACUUUUUUUGUAACAAUUCCCCAGAACAUAAGCCUGUAAUUUACAUUUAUUGAGGCAUAGUGCAAUUAUAAAUGCUAUAAUCAUUGUACAUACAUCUCUCUAUAUAUAUGGCAGCAUCUUUGUUGGCUUUGUAAUCAUUACUUUUUUGGCAGAUUGAAUGUGCGGUAUUGAAAAUAUGUAUCUAUGUAAUUGUAUUGUAUGUCUAAUGGCUAUUUCAUUUUUGGAAGAAAAAAUAUGUUAUUUACAUGUUUGUUUUUGUUUCCUUUCUUUAAGAAAAGAAUGUAAUGUCAGUUUUAUUUCUCAGCAAAGAAACAUUGUUCAGCUUCAGAACUGCAUAAAGAGGAAUAUUAUUAUCCAACAACAGAUUGAUUGGUAUGCCAGUACUUAUAGUAGCCGAUUUGUUAAAUUGAAUUUUAUAUGGAAAAAUGCAGACUGAAUCCAGUCCACAGGGCUAAUUGUAAUAGUUUACUUCUUAACGGGCUUCAGGAACAGAGCACUUGUCAUAUAAGAGUAAUCGCAUCACUCAUUGAUUCUUAUUCUUUUAUAUUUGAUUUCAUUACAUAGCUUCUCUAAACUAUUAAUUAACUUUGAGAUUUCUUAGUCUACCGCACACCUUGUGAUUCUGAGCACUCCCCACCACACCGCCGACCACCUUUUGUAGGCAAGAUGUUAUAUUUUAACAAAGUAGUGCUAGAACAAGGUGAAUGUCAGGCAGGUAAAGUGUUGCUUUGGCUUGGAUUUUGUAUAAUAAUCUUGUUAAGGAUUGUUUAUGCUAAUAGAUGCAUCACCCUUUACACCCCCUCAAAUGAACCUCCACCCUGAUAGACUCUGGGCUACUGGGUUUCUAUCAGUCACUGGCUGACCAGUGUAUACAAAUGUGCAAAAAUGACUCAACCAUUUGGCCUAAUUAGGAUGGUACAUUUAAAGGUGCUUUAUUUCUUUUUUUACUUCAUUUCCAUCUUGAUUGCCACCAUUUCAUUAGAAUGUACAGUAUUAUUUUAGACUUUAUUUAUGAAAUGACAACAUAGAACAGUUCACAUGUACAUAUUGCCUUAUUGAAUAAGCUGUGCCUCUGAUGUCCCAUGCAAGGCACCUGUGUUUUUAUGAGAAGUGAAGCUAGUGCAGCCAAUAAUGUCCCCUUGUGCAGCUGGAGGAUUGUUCGGUUUUGGCUCGGUGGCCUCUCUUUGUUAUUCUGUGCUAUAAGAAGACCUGGGAACAGCUUUGAAGUGUAGCUCAUGUAGCUUAUAUGACAUUAUUACAGGACAUUAUAAGCACACCAUGAGUGAAUUGUAAUCAGAACACACUUUCAGUUGAUUUCAUCAUGUUGUCACAUCAGAUCAUGUCUUAAAAUCCAUGCCACAGUUCAUUAUAAUUCAUUGAACUGCUUGAUGUAACUAUGAUUAAAAUACAGUGGUCCUACACAUCAGUAUGUGUAGACUGUGUGUAGACUGUCUGCAAGGUGUCACAAUCUGGACUCCAAAUCAUCACCAGCCACCUGCAGAGUGUUUUCUCGACAUUUGGCUGUGGUUUGGCAUCUACCAGCCACUUUGGCAGGUAACCAGCCCUCACUUGGAGGUCCUGUUGUUUUCAGAUACUUCAGCUGGCUGCUGAAAUUGCUUACAAGGAUGGUUGAUUUUGGCAGGCAACAACCACUUCAACAAGUUAAUUUCCAGUCCAAAUCACAGUGUACUUGAAGUAAAUCAAGAUCUUACAAUAACGACUGGUCAACAACAGGGCCUAAUAGGGAAAAAGUGGGGGCAAUCUCGUCACACAUUUUACGGAAUGUUAAAAUGGUGUUAAUGUGAUUGUGCCUGUUGCCAGAGGAGAUGUUUUGAAGCUGGACUAUAGUUUCAAUUUAUCAGUGUUGAUCACUUGUUGUAGAGUUGCAGUAAUCUGUAACUUAUGUCCCUGCUGUUGUAAAUGGACUAUUUACACUGUCCCUGUUACUUAAAGGGAAAAUUCUUGUUUAAACAAUUCACAUAGUGCAUUCACCAAUUCCACUGUGUAGAGUCCGUCCGAAUCUAAUUAUCAUUGGAUUUCAUCAGAUAAGUAUGAGCCACAAAGGACCGUUUCCAAGAUGUCUGAGUGAUUUGUUCAAGUUCACAUCAUAACUCUGAGGAAGCACAUGUGAGUUAUAUUCAGGCUGGAUUUUCCCUUUGAGAGAGCACAGACUCCAGCUGGUGUUGACUUGCUGACACACAUUGUUGGACACCUCUGCUGCUGGUUCAAUUUCAUGCAGUACGUUCAAAAGCAGUGCAGUGUUACUUACAGUAUAUUGAGGACUAGGUUAUAUAGAACCCCAGGGUCGAGUGUGGGGAAAAAUAACUUUCCAUAAACUGCUCUUUUACUCUUCACCUACAUCUCGGUUUCUUUGCCUCCAAAUCAUGAAAAUAUGAAGUUUAAUGACUAAUUUUUAAAUAGUGCUAUUAUGAUGAUCUCUAAUCAUAAAAUGUUUCCUUGUAUCCAUAAACUCCUUCAACGUGUUUCUGAAUGAAGCAACAUAUUUCUUUUCAAAA